AUGGCUAUGCAAAAGUUUCCUCUCUUGGGGCUGCUUUUGCUCCUAACAUUUGUCGGCUCUCCGGCAACAGCCGAUGGACCUGUUUGCCCUCCGUCUACGAAACUUAGCCGGGCAAGUUUUCCUGAAGGGUUUUUAUUUGGCACAGCUACUGCAGCAUAUCAGCAGGUACAAUAUAAGUUUCCAUAA